UUUGUAAAUGUUAAUCUCAGCUCAUUAACAUUAACCACUGGGAUUCUUUUUCUCUCUGCGAAUCAACAAUGCAGCCUUGUGAGAGGGCUUUUGCCAGAUUGUGCAUGAAGGGAGAUCUUGGGGAGCUGAGCACAAGGAGACAGAGAAUCAGAGAAAUGCUGAUCCAGAGGAUAAAGGUGAUUUUCUCUCCAAGCUGUUGGCAACUUCUACGCCUGUCAGUGGGACCUGAUGUAAGAUUAGUUGGAAGGGUAGAAAAGCAGAGCCAUCCCUUCAUGAGGAGCCCAGAGGUAGUGAGACACUAAGACCCAGUGGAGAGCAGGGAGGCUGGGUGCUGCCUGCCCACCCGCCGCCUGCCUGUCUGCUCUGCACGGCUCUGCAGUUGCCCUGGGCGCGUGCCGGUGACAGUACAUGUGUGUAUGAAAGUGUGUGUCCAAUCUUUGUGCAUUAUAGGCUGGAAGAAAGGAGCCCUCUCCUCAUUUUGUUUUGUGCCAUCUCUCCCUUCUGCUCCUGCUCUCCCACCUGAAUCGAAGACCUGGCUAGAAGACAGCUGAGAGGAGGGAGGUGUGUGUGUCUGGAGGAAUGGGGAGGGGGACGGUCAGCUUGGUUGGGUGUGAGUUGAUGACGAGAUGAAAGGGGCCAGGUGAGGAGGAGACACAGCAGCGCCCCUCUCCUCUCUCUCUCUGUGAUGUGGUGUGUCAGUGUGUGUUUGCUGUGUGUGGGGGAGAGAAAGCUAAACAGGUCGGCUCUCCUUCUGUAGACUGUGAACCUGCAGAGGAGGAAGCACCCCUCUCCAGACUGAGAUCUUUCCAACUGAAGGUCAUUUUGGAGAGAGAAGGACGGCUUCACUUAAAGUUACAAGGAAUUGCGUGAAAACUCCUGUGAUCGUCUGCAGAGCUCCAGGCUAAAGUCUACCAGGUGUCAGGGCCUCUACAGUUCCAGCUGCCAUGCCAGACACCACCGCCUGAGCUUCUCAGUGACACCCUAUGACAGGGGAGGAUGGGUGAUGGGCCCGUGAAAUUUAGCGGACUCUCUCCUCCUUAUUCCAUCCUCUCAUGGAGCGCCCUGUCACACCGAACCCCUCCUGGAACAUUUCUUUCUCCGGCCUCCCCAUAUUUCCAGCCUCACUGCACCCAAAUAUCUCUAACGUGACCCCGCCCGUUGCAAGCAUCCGAGGUGGGGUGGAUCUGAACCAGUCCUUGGCGCUGUGUGCUAUGCUCAUCAUCGAUGUAUUGGCAGUGGUGGGAAACUUGGCUGUGAUGAUUGUCAUCACUAAAACUCAGCAGCUGCGCAAGUUUGCCUUCAUUUUCCACCUGUGUCUGGUGGACCUGCUGGCAGCGCUGGUGUUGAUGCCUCUGGGGAUGCUGUCAGACCGAAUCCUUGUGGACGAGGCGCUGUGUCGGAGCUACCUCUGCUUGAGUGUGUGUCUAGUGAGCGCUGCCAUCCUCACCAUCUGUGCUAUCAACGUGGAGCGCUACUACUAUAUCGUCCACCCCAUGCGUCAUGAGGUGAAGAUGACAGUUGGGGUGGUGGUGAUGGUACUAGUGGGAAUCUGGAUUAAAGCCAUUGUCAUGUCAGUGCUGCCUCUCCUGGGAUGGCUGCUCCAGGGGAACCAGGGCGUGGGGACUCCUUCGGUCCUCAUUCACGGUCAGAGACACUGCUCCCUCCACUGGAUGGGAGGCCGAACCACACGGCUGCUUUUCAUUGUGUUCUUUACAUUUAUCUAUUUUCUGUGCCCCGUGCUUAUCAUUCUGGUGGUCUACUGCAACAUGUUCAUGGUGGCACGGGUAGCAGCCAUGCAGCACGGUCUGCUUCCCACUUGGAUGGACACACCGCAACAACGGUCCGAGUCCAUCAGCAGCCACUCCACUAUGGCGGCCAGCCUUGGUGGAACUGGUGCCCGCACCACCCCUCAGAGGACCUUCAGCGGUGGGAAGGCUGCGGUGGUCCUGGUGGCAGUGGGAGGACAGUUCCUCUGCUGCUGGCUGCCAUAUUUCUCCUUUCAUCUCUACUCGGCUUUAGUGUCUACCUCUCCCACCUCUCUGGCCCAGUUGGAGGAUGUGGUCACAUGGAUUGGCUAUUUCUGCUUCACCUCCAAUCCCUUCUUCUAUGGCUGCCUGAACCGGCAGAUUCGCGAGGAGCUGGGCCGACACCUGGCUUGCCUCUUCAAGCGGGCCGGGCCCAGCGAAGGGGAGCAGCUGCCGAGCCACGAGGCCUCUAUUGAGGAGAACUUUUUGCAGUUCCUUCAGGGCACUGGAUGCAAUCUGGAGCCCUGCAACUCUCAUAGCAGAGCCAGCCCAGAGGAGCCAGAGACUGAGGGCCUUCAGGAAUCAGCUGUUCAGCAGAACACGCCAGCUGACUUCCACAUCCCAGGGCAGAUCCUUGAGGAAACCUCAGAGUUCAUACAGCGGCAACAGUUGAACAAUAAGCUACAUGUAUCAGAGAACUACUGCAAAACAUAACCAGAGCUGUAGCUGCCUCUCAUGUACUGUCUCUUUUGCCAUCUACAUAUAAUCCAAUAAAUAUACUUAGUUUUACUCAUAUUUUCUAAGAUUUGUUGAACGAAUACAUCUGUUGUUCGUGCUACAACAGUACUUUAAAGAUCAAAAUACAGUGAACUGCAAAACAUGGUGACAUUUUUGAAGAAUUUAAGUUGUGUUUCAGAGAAAGACAAAGUCAAAUAUAUAUUUUGUGCAUCAUCUCACUCGUAUCCCCAACAGUCAUGGAGCAUUACAUGUUUUGAGAGCCACAGAGUCACAGGCUGUUUUUCUGUGGAAUGUUAAAGCUAAGUUCCCACUACAGCAGAUGGACACUAAACCCUUGUUGUGUUAAUUACGGGUCAGCAAUGUGACAAACAUCACAUCAACAUAAAGAAGUGCUGAAACUCUGUGAGAGCAGAGGUGGGACACAGUUUUCAAACUUUAUGGAAAACAACAAGAGCCAUUAAAUGAACAUUUUGAGACAAAUGCUCAGAUAAAUGUGAGUUUUGGAAUGCAUUCCUUGAUUCAUUCGUCAUUAAAAGUUGGGUUCUCCAUCAGAAUAUAAUGUACAGUAUGAAAUUAGUCAUAACACAUCAAACAUACUGUACUUCCAUUUGCAUUUUAUCCUGUGGAAUCUUUUAUUAUUGAUAUAACUUAUGAUCUAACCAUAAAAACCACCCGCUGCACCUCUAGUUCAUCUCCAACAAAGUGUUAUUUUGUUGAACUGCCUGUUGGAAGAAAAACGUAAGAAAAUGAGGAAGAGGUAAAAGAAAGAGUUGUAAGUUAUUGUAGCUGUCGUUUGUUUAGGAUCCUGGUUCCAUCAAAGUGUAUUUUUUCCACUUGCACAGGUUCUCAUAACACCAAGGAAUUAAUGCAAAAAAAAAUGUUUUCUUAUUAGAAAGGAGUGAAUAUUCAGAGCCAUUCUGUUUGAAAUGUUCAUUGUAUUGAACAGGAUUAUUUCACAGCUAUCACCUCCUCACCAAAAUCAUCUCAAAUUGGUAGACUCGUGAUUUCAACCCCUUCUACUCAAAGAACAUUGUGACUGGUUUAAUUUGUGUGACAGUGAUGCUGUUAAGUAUUUAAGCUUUUUAAAAACAUCUGCUAACAGCGCAGUUAAACUGUUUGUUGAAACAAGGCUGGAUGUGGACAGAUUCAGACAUCGCGACCGAGCAGUCCCCGUUACCCCGUGAUGUCUGUGCUGUUUACAGGUAAACACGAGAGCAGUGUGAGCGCGCUUGUGUUUGUGCUCAAAACAACCAGGCUUGUUGUGGCUACACAGCAGCACACAGGUGAGACAAUGCAGACAUGGCAAGCUUUGCCUUUGGCCUCAUUUAGCGAAACAUGGAAGACUCUGGUGAUACUUUCUCUGAUCUCAGGUGGAAUACAAACAGUUUGCACAAGUCACACAAGCAGUGACAAAUGUUCCAAAGAAAAUUACAGGGCACAAAUCUCUUACUAAACACAUGUUUGUCUCUUUUAAUACUUGCUCUUUCUUGCUGCCUUCAUCUAUUUUGGACUGCUUCAUACCGGACUGUUGGCAUGAUCACAAGACACCCAACACAAGGCGUGCAGGGAGGUUCAUAUUUAGCUGGGAGUCAUAACAAAAAAAGGCCCCUUUGUCAGGAGGAUACACACUGUUCUUAAUUUUCUUGCUAUAUGACUUUGUUGCUGACUGUUUUUCAGAUGGAGUCGUCAUGUCAUCUUGUUUAAAAAUGUUUCUUUUGUGUCAACAUGAUGGUUCAGUAUUGUGAGACGAAAUCACUGCCAUAAUCCUCAAUUUUCAUAUAUCAAUUUUUUAUUAGUAAUAUUAAAACUACAAAAAUACAUUAUUAUAAGAAUUAUUGAUAUACAAUUGUAUGCAACAAAAUAACAUAAAACUACCUUUAUUGAUCCCACCAGCGUGCAGAAACAAAGGUUUAAUCUCUUUAGUGGACUACAGAUGGAAAUUAGCCCCCGGGCUACAAUCUGGCAUUUUUAUGUGUACUGCUGUACAUGUUCAUCAAUGUGCAUUGUCCUGAAAUAAUAAAUAAA